AUGGAAAACGCUGUACCAAUCACGACCAACUAUGAUUCCACACGGGCCUACCCUUUCUUGUCGAGCAAGUUCAAAAGAAGGGACCCAAAUGUGCACUUCUAUUUGCCUAUAGAGUGCCCGUUGUCGAAGGGGUGUACGGACGGCACGUGUCCGCUGGCCCACACAAGGUUAGAAAUCAUCUUCCACCCAAUUGUGUACAAGACGCGUAAAUGCAAGAUGAUUUCGAUGGGAUCCUGUGGCUUUCCUCAAAAGUGCGCCUUCUACAACAACGACUCGGAGAAGAUGGCUGCGCAGUUGUUGUGGUUGGUAUGGGAGAAGACCUGGGAUUUGUGGCGCAUCAACAUCGAAGCUAUUCUUGGUAUGCAUAACAAGUUUGUUGGUUCGGUGAUUAGGAUGUUACCCACAAUCAAGAACUACCGUGGCAACGUGGGUGACUUUUUAAGGAAACUAACAAAUGGUCAUCCUGGUAGUACCAUUUUGGACACGGCCCUUGAUCACACGCUUCGCAACCAUUUCUCUCGCGUUAGGCAAAACGGCCCCAAACCAGCGUGGAACACACCUAGUCUUUCCCUGCUAUGUUCCAGGUACAACCCCUUUCACCAGGCUAGCUGGUUUCUACCAAACACUGAUGACGUCUUCUACGAGUGGUUCUUCAACCGAGAAGUCGAGCUUAUGAACUAA